UGCCAAUCUCAACUUCAGUCAGAAGAUCGCCGCCAAAAAACUCACACAGAUUCAAAGAAACAACUUAAAGGAAGUCUUGUCAAGGAGUGUUUCAACCAUUUUAGCACGAUUUGAUUUGAUUGGAUUGAUAUCACACAACACACUUAAAUUAACCCCUAUAUAUGCUAUUACUGAAGUUUCAAUCAUCAUGCUGUUCAAUUCGUUACUAUUACUCUCUUUACCUCUUUACCUCUUCAUCCUACCUAACCCAACCAUCUCAUCUUCCAUCAACUUGCCUCGAUUCAAUCCUUACUUUGCCAACAUAGUCAAACGUAAAGAGCACCGCAACUUCUCUGCAAUCUUCAAUUCACCUCACAACAUCGCUCUUGACACCGAUGUCGCUCGUAAUAGUCUUGGAUCUGGUGAUGGUGACAUCCAUGAGGCUCGUCAUGAACUCUAUAGGGUCGUCACUGAGGCUACUCCCAUCCAUUUAGCUCUUACUCUUAUUCCGGCUUUUAUUGUCUUCUUCGGUCUCUUCUCAGCAUUCGUGAAAGAAAAACUUUAUGUUGGUGAAGCAAUCAUUGCAGUGGUCUUUGGAAUCAUUCUCGGUCCAUUGGCCCUCGGUUUAUUCGAUCCACGCUCUUGGGGUGGCGGUAAAGAGUUCGAUCAUCUCACCCUCGAGCUUACUCGGAUCGUCAUCUCACUCAGCGUGUUUGCGGUCGGCGUGGAAUUACCCAAGGCUUAUGUGCUUCGUCACUGGCGUUCGCUCGCUGUUUUGCUCGGUCCGUUGAUGUUGAUCGGGUGGAUGGUUUGUGGCUUAUUGAUUUAUGUCCUCAUUCCUGGACUCGAUUUCCUCAGCUCUCUAUUGGUCGCCGCGGCUUGCACGCCUACAGAUCCUAUUCUUGCUGCAUCUGUGGUCGGUAAAGGCAAAUACGCUCAAAAACACGUUCCAGCUCAUCUUCGUCAUCUGCUACAAGCGGAAUCGGGCUGUAACGACGGUGCCGCGUUCCCCUUUCUCUUCUUGGCCCUCUUUAUCGCCCUAAGAGGUGAUUAUUCUUUGGGCAAGGUUGUUGGCGAAUGGAUUCUUUUGGUGAUCCUCUAUCAGAUCGUACUCGGCACUGCAAUUGGCGCGGUCAUCGGUAUCAUCGCGAGGAAGACUCUCAAGUUUUGUAAGAGGCGCUCGUACAUCGAUCGUGAAUCGAUGGUCGCCAUGUAUGUCGCCCUCAGCUUACUCACCACCGGCCUCACGACGCUGGUGGGCUCGGAUGAUUUACUCGCUGCCUUCGCCUGUGGCGCAGCUUUUGCUUGGGAUGAUUGGUUUACGGAAUCCAUCGAAGCCUCCAACUUCUCCAGCAUCAUUGAUUUGCUCAUCAACAGUGCUACAUUCAUCUAUGUAGGCGCUACAAUCCCGUUCAAGGAAUGGAAUGACCCUUCACUCACACUAGUCCCCUGGAGGAUCGUAAUCUUGGCUUUCUCAAUAAUUGUCCUCCGGCGACUUCCAGCGAUGCUCUUACUACAAAAAUUGAUUCCUGACCUCAAGACGGGGCGUGAAGCAAUCUUCAGUGGCCACUUCGGCCCAAUUGGGGUUGGAGCGAUAUUCAUUUCCACAUUGGCUGUGACCAAACUCCCAACGCCCAACAUACCUCCCCAGAACAGUCUUGACACCGUUGCUCUCACAGUUCAACCUCUGACGUAUCUCUUCGUCCUCUUUUCCGUAUUGAUACACGGUCUGUCGAUCCCUUUCUUUACCUUGGGUCGCAACGUCUCGUCAAGAGUUCAUUCAAUUUCUCGC